AUGACGAUAGCAGCAGCAGCAGAGCGGGAAAAGAAAAGAAACGAAGAAAAGAAAAGAAAAGAAGAAGCAGAAGAAGAAAAGAAAGGCAACCGGUGGGGCCACAGCUAUGUCAUUUUCACGGAGCUCCGUCCUCUCUCUCCCUCUCUCUCUGUCUCUGUCUCUCUGUCUCUCUCUCUCUGUGGGCAAGCGUGUCACUACUCACUCCCUCUCUCCGUCUCUCGUCUCGUCUCGUCGUCUGGUCUGGCCGAAAAGCCAGAAGACCAAGGGAAGGAAAAGCAAGGUUGCAUGAGCGAGGAAAAAGCAACGGAGAGAGAGAGGGAGAUGGAUGGGAUUAUGCUUUCGAAGACUGAGCAUCCACCAGGCCGUGAUGUUCCUUUUUCCUUCCUGUGCGAGAGAGACGAUCCGAGGAGCAAGCCACCCAUGAUGCUAUAUUCCAUCAUUCCAGACCGGGGGAGGGCAGGUUGGGUUCGGGGGUGA